AGUACUAAUAAGGCACCUCGUCGCCGGCGAACUGUUCUGUGGCGUUGGCAGAAGGUUAGAACCAAUGGUUAUAGGUGUGUGUAGUCAGUGUGAAGAUGAUGAUGAUGUAUUUAUUAAGGGGAUCGUAGCUCGGGCUCGAACAGUAAACGAGGAGGUCAUCCGUGGCUCACGCUACUAACGUCAUCCAUUUGCCUGGCGCUUCGCUUCCUUGAGCGAAGCCAAUAGAACGUGCGCUGCGAGAGAGAGGGGCUGGUCUGGUCUCUGACAUCCGAUUCUUUCCCUAAUCCUGUGCUGCUGGAGGAAUUUUAAAUCCGCUUUCCAACCUGCCACAGCAGCCGCGAGCGCGCGCAGGCGGUGGGUUAAAUCUGUUGAAUUGGGUUGUUUGGGUUACUUUACGUGCGGACGUUGAUCUGUCCACAUCAAGCCAUGCCGCAUUUAACGGCGAGCCUCUGUAGGUUGCAUUGUUGAUAUAAAUAUUAAACAAAUGAGAGAGGAGGAGUCGGCUGCCGUUUGUUUAUGGAUAAAGGGAUGCGGAGCGCAAUUGCACAGGGGACUGGAGCCACUUGGAGAUGGGACUUGGCGGUGCCAGACCUUACGCAAGUUGAAUGUUUGCAGUGCGUGAGGGAAAUCAACCACAACUACAAGAUUCUUGGUCAGAGAAAGCAUUUCCUCCCGCUGAGAGGGAAACGCAACAUGACAAAUGAGACUGUGGCGCUGUCAACAUAUUUCUCUAUGCAAACCACUACAUUAGGUUUCCAUUAAAGCAUCCUCGGAGUUUCAAAGCUCAAACUUUCCAGCUUCCUAUUGUAGGACUGAGAUUUGGACCCAAAACAGACAUUGUUCUCCUCACAUCCAUUACGGAUGAAAAAGCUGUCACACAUCGAGGUGUUUUUGAACGUGUGAAUCGCCAUCUGCAUCCUUUUCUGCAAAGGAUGCACCCAGAAAACAAUAGCAACUCAUCUGAGAAUGUGCCAACAGGCGCCGGUGGUCCUGCCCACGAGAGGGCUGAGGUGGACGGACUGGACCAAGCCGAGGUAUCAAAUAACGAGCUGCAGACUGGCCAGCCCGCUCAGUCUGCACAGAGUACGAUGGAGCAGGAGGAGGCAGCCCACGUCCCACAGAACCACGAGGAGGGAAAUCAGUGCUCAGACGAGAGCGAAAAAGCUCCCGAGGACAGCACCACGCAACUUAUCGAGACGGGAUGCACGGACAAGAAGCCGCUCUCGACAUCCACGGACCAGGGGCCACCCGGUCCACCGCACGCAUCGGACUUCACGCCGCCCGAGGGAGGGUUUGGGUGGCUGGUGGUCUUCGCCGCUACCUGGUGCAACGGGUCCAUCUUUGGCAUACAGAACGCCUUUGGUAUUCUCCAUGCCAUGCUGGUGAAAGCCCAUGCGGACCCUGACGACAAGGCGUCGCAGUUUAAAGUAGCAUGGGUGGGAGCUCUGGCCAUGGGCAUGAUCUUCUUCUGCUCUCCGGUGGUGAGCAUGUUCACAGACCACUUCGGCUGCAGGAAGACAGCGGUGGGCGGGGCGCUUGUAGCCUUCCUCGGCCUCCUCACCACCUCCUUUGCCAGUUCCCUCAUCCUUCGCUACUUUACCUACGGCAUCCUGUUUGGCUGUGGCUCCUCGUUUGCCUUCCAGCCGUCGCUGGUGAUCCUGGGCCACUACUUCCGGCGGCGCCUGGGCCUGGCCAACGGGAUUGUGACGGGCUGCAGCAGCGCCUUCUCCAUGGCCGUCCUGGUGCUCCUCAAGAAGGUGGCCGAGCCCUUAGGACUCCGCGCCACCUUCCAGAUCCUCAGCAUCUUCAUGCUGGUUCAGGCCAUCCUUGCGCUGACCUUCCGGCCUCUGCUGCCCAGUGGAGGUGGCCACGGGCCGGGUGGCAUGGGGGGUCCUGCUGAGACGUCCCCCGCCGCUGGAGGAGCCGUUGCCCCGGGCAGCAGGUGGCAGCGGGGGCUGGCGGUGAUGCGGACCUACUUCAAUCUGCGAGUAUUCCGCAUCACCACUUACCGCGUGUGGGCGUUCGGCAUCGCCACGGCCGUACUGGGCUAUUUUGUGCCAUACGUCCAUCUGAUAAAUUUUGUGAAGGAGCAAUUUCCUGAUUCUGAUAAAGACUGGAUGCUCUUGGUCAGCAUCGGCGCCUCGUCGGGGAUCGGACGGCUCGUCUUUGGGAAAGUGGGAGACCUCAUUCCAGGGGCCAAGAAGAUAUACCUGCAGGUGGGGUCGUUCAUGGUGCUGGGCCUGAUGUCCAUGAUGAUCCCGCAGUGCCGCGUCUUCGAGGGCCUGGUGGCUGUGUGCGCCUUCAUGGGGCUGUGUGACGGCUGCUUCAUCACCAUCAUGGCUCCCAUCGCCUUCACGCUGGUGGGCCCCAUGCAGGCCUCGCAGGCCAUCGGCUACCUGCUGGGGCUCAUGGCCGUGCCUAUGACAGCCGGACCACCCAUCGCCGGUCUCCUGCACGACUACUUCGGUGACUACCGCGUGGCGUUCUACCUGGCCGGCGUGCCCCCCAUCGUGGGCGGCAUCGUGCUGUUCUUCGUGCCCCUGAUCCACCAGCGCAUGCUGGCGCAGCAGAAGAGCCAGCCGGACGACCCCAGCACCGACAAGAUGCUGAAGAACUGCUCCAACGGAGACAUGCUGCCCGGCUUCACGGACAUGGAGACCCACAUCUGAGCGCCACAGCCUGCCAUGCAGAGGUAGGGGAGGCAGCGUCACUCAUGUCUACUUGGAAAUACGUAGCCUACUGUACAUACGACAGACGGUAACCAAACCAUACAGCCCAGCCC